CUUGAGCGAAUGCUUAUGCUAUGAGUAUGAAGCGACUACAUUUGUAUCAGGAAAAAUAAAAGGAAAUGAAGCAAACCGGUGUUGAAAGGUAAGCGAAGGGAAAAUGGAUUUUUUCUGCUGGCCUUUGCGCCAAUAAACGCGAUCGCAAACGACGACAUCUGUGAGCCGUGGCCGCAUUUUCCUCCUUCAUCCACGCUCAGUUGCGUCACGACACCAUGCGGGUCGUCGCGAAAAAGUCUUCGCGGUCCCUCGCGUGCUCCGCGAUUGGGGCUACUACAAUGCAGCACGAUAGCACAACGACGUUUGUGCAAGGCUUUGAGCCCCCCGGCGGAGCGUCUUCCUCCUCUCCCGACGAUGGGGGCGACGAGGUGACCUAUUUGCCCUUCCACCAGGGGGAGAAAGGUGGGGAGACGGAAGCGUUAUCAUGUGUGAAAACGUACGUACCUACUGCGACCCUAUACUAGUCAAGCUGGAGUGGAAGGAUCUACUGCUAGAUAAAUCCAGAAGUUACGCAUGAAAGAUCUGGUGAUGCAGUGUAGUCGUGCCUACUUAGUGUGGUGUCCAGCCGCUUGGGAACUCAGUUUCUUACCCUGACGAUGAAGCAUGACAGAGUGUUCCCAACAAGAAGCCCUAGAAGUCACUUCUAGAAAAUAGGUGUCAUGGGGAUGCGCAUGCGACAUAAUCCACGCACACACACUCUGGGCAUGCGGAUCUGUAUAGAGGAAUAUCGUGUGCGUGUGGGUACGUAGUUUUACCCAGGAUAAUCGUCCUUUUCCUUCGACGCGACGGGUGGAGCCGGUACGAGAGUGCGAUUCUCCCUCUUCGCCCUCAUCUGUCAUGCAAAAUAUUACGAGGCCCACCGCCACCUCCACGUCCACUGUUUGCUUUGUGGUACUCUUUGCGGCACGACCACAAUUCGUGUGAAUUUGUCACGCAGGAGCUGACAAUUUUGUUGCUAUCAUGCAUGCCGUGCAAAUGGAAACGAGGGUACGGGGGAGUUGUCUCCUCUCACAGCCGUCCCAACGGACGCGCUCGCGGAAGAGCAAGAAGCCGGGAAGAUGAUGAAUACCGCGAAAAAUACUAAUCCUGCGUUGCGCGGCAGCGUCGGGGCGGGCGUGGAGCAACGGAGCACAGCAAGCGUAAACUACUCGGGACAGCGAACCUCCGAAGGAGUGAAAACGCAUGAGGGCAGGGAAGCGGGAAACGCUCCGGAGACCGCGUUUCUAGAGGUCGAUAUCGUGAUUCAAAAAUUCUGUUUCCCUUGGUACUAGUUGUAGCACUGGCUGUUUUCUCCUGAUGAUGGAACGAAGAAAAUUAUUCUACUGCGUGAUUUCUUUUCACGCGAACACACCACCGGAAAAGCCUGGUAUACAGAAGACAUGUGUAAUAUGUGUAUUGGAUACCAAUCAUAUCAACUAGGCGAUAGUCAGGAGAAUAUGUCUUCUCGUGCAACUUGGAAUGGUUCAUUGUGCCUCUCUUUCAUGUUGUUCGGAAUGUACGGAGGUUCGUAUUGAUUAAUGUUUCUGUGGGUUAUUACUUGGGCGGAAAUUUAAAUUUUUGAGCAUGAUAUCGAAGCCGGAGGAAAGCGACGGAGGCGUUGUUGUGACCAAGAGAACACGCAAGGAGAAGGGCUCCUCCGGCUCCGACAACGACGGGAAAGACGAGGCCGUGAGCGAAGAUUAUGGGAGGCAAGGUUGAGUUAAACCUCCACAAGAACUCUUGCUUAGUCCUUAGCGAGGCUUGUCAUGCUGUUUUGCUGUGGCACAUUUUCUAGGCUACUUAGUCUGAGCAUGAAAAGGGCGGGGGACAGGCAGACUAGCUCGGUUUUUCGCGAGUCUUCCUCCUCUUGCGCCCCUGUCACGUAUGAGAAUCCGUAUGACCACUUUUGCUCUUCAAUUUAACCCAAAAUUUUGCAGGUGGACUUGCAUCUAUAUGCUCGCUCAGCUACCUUGUGUCUUAGAGACGAUUUUACAAAGCAAUAUGAGAACACCCUGCGUGACCGUCUGUGGCCUCACUGGUAUGGGGAGAAGGCCUGUAUUGUGGAAAGUACUUGACCCAUUUGUUUCGCAUAGCCGGGUUAUGAACAGGUGGAGCUUAUUUGCCGCCUACAACGGGGUUCUAUGGAAUGCAAAUUCAUUGAAAUUAUCAGCUGAAGGAAAUACAGUAUGAACUUGUAUGUAGACUUUUUCUGAGUUAGUCUCUGACGGAUCUCACUCGACGCGUUUGUGUUGCGGGAAUUAUCUAACAAGUAGAGUAAGCAUGCUGCAAGCUUUUGAAGAGAAGUGGUGAUCGAGCUCACGAUGCGCAAUGUGAUACGCAAACUCAAUUUCAUUUCGCAUCAUGCUCUUUUCCCAAUCCAAAGCGGAUAACGUUAACGACGCAUUGCAUCUGCAUACCGUAAGGAGCAGUUCAACAGAGUCUUCGGCCCAACAACACCGGAAGAGGAGGAUCAUACCCGACUGAAAUCCUCACUCCCUCCGAUGUGGGAAGUGAUACUCUACUACGACGUUUGUUUACGUUUAUCUUUAUUGCACGCACAUAUUUUUAUGGGUCAAACAAAUAGUUAGUGGAACAAGGACAAGGUUCUUCCCACCCGCGGGUAGGGAGUGUUGCCGCUUGAUAGCAGCGACAGGAGAGCCAGGAAAACCAGGGGCAGAACAGCAGAAUGAAGAGAAAGACGAGAAGAAGAGGAAAAAAAAAAAUAAAAAGGAUAGAAAAGGUAGCAAAUCUGCUAGUGUGUGAAGAGUAAUAGUUGAGAAAUAGAGUUGGUGGACGAAGUUGACUGUGCAUCGAAAUAGUCAAAUGUGUUGGGUCGAAAACGAAAUAUAAACCUGUAGCGAUAUUGGAACGUAGGGACACUUGAGCUGUCUUCACAAGGCGCGCUCCCCACUUCUGCAGGUCAGUCUUGCUAUGAAUCAAUAUUUCAGCACAUUCAAGAAUACUUUUACAAAACCAAACAAGGUGCUGGCAAUGGGAAUGGCGAGGAGAAUCCGGUUAAGGAGACGCCAUCGAGCAAGGCGAAGUCGAACGACAAGGACAAGGCGAAGUCGAGCGACAAGGACAAGGCGAAGUCGAGCGACAAGGACAGGGCGAAGUCGAAGGCCAAGUCGAGGGGGAAGUAGCCGAAACGGGGUUAAUAGUAUGAAAUCGCGCCCAGCACCAUGUCGUGAAGUGAGAAGGAGCGGCAAGGGAGACCUUUCAUAUCUAAGUAGCGCAAGAACAACAAGAAUACAGCGUCGUCUGUGCGACAACAGCACAGGGAGCUUUUUGGAUAUCUAUUAGCGGCCUCUACCACUCCUGGUGAACAAGCUAC